UUCUGCUUGGAAUGAGUUGCUUCUAGGAUAAUAGGAUCCAGUUUCGCCCCUCUCUCGUUCUCAGGUCUGGGGAGGGUACAUGAGUCUGUAUUUGGUGUUGGUGUUGGUGCCAUGAUGUUUGCCAGCCCUAUGACUUCCACUCCAUUUUCUGUCAAAGACAUUCUGAACUUAGAGCAACAUCAGAGUGGCCUCUCUACCAUGGACAUCUCCCCCAGACUGGACACCUCUUCAUGUAUGCUCUCCAGCUUCAAACAAGAGUCUUAUCCGGGGACCCCCUGCCUUUCUGAGCUCACAGAGGAUAUGUCUCAGAGGGACAACAACAAGGGGUCUUCUCCAUUCCCUGGAUCCUUCUUUGUCAAAAACUACAUGGAAAUGGACUCCUCUAAAGAGCACAAAGAAGACAAGAAAGAUCUCUGCUCUUUGCAGAAAAAUUUGGAAACUGAUAAGCGAGACUUGGAAGACCCAGACAGGCCAAGGCAACGAAAAAGAAGAAAGCCCAGGGUGCUGUUCUCCCAAGCCCAGGUCUAUGAACUGGAAAGGAGAUUCAAACAGCAGAAAUAUCUGUGCCCAGAGAGAGACCAUUUAGCCAAUGUUUUGAAGCUCACCUCCACACAGGUGAAGAUCUGGUUCCAGAAUAGAAGGUACAAAUGCAAAAGACAAAGACAAGAUCAGACUUUGGAAAUGGUGGGCCUUCCACCCCCAAGGAGGAUAGCAGUACCUGUUCUGGUGAGAGAUGGCAAACCUUGUUUGGGAGAGUCCUCUCCAUACAAUUCCCCAUAUAAUGUCAGCAUUAACCCUUACAGCUACAACACUUAUCCUCCCUACUCCAACUACAGUAAUCCAGCCUGCAGUGGCAGUUACAACUGCAGUUACUCAUCCAUGCCAAGCAUGCAACCCACCUCAGCUAGUAAUAAUUUCAUGAAUUUUAGUGUGGGGGACUUAAACACAGUGCAGACACCCAUUCAGCAAGCAAGCAGUGUAUCUGCACUCCAUGGCAUCCGAGCAUGGUAGAACUUGGCUAGGGGCCAUUCAGAAAGCACUAAAAAUGUGGUGGUAUGGAUUAUAUAGACUGGAAAGAUCAUUCAAACAAAUCUGUCCUGCACCUUCCAAAGAAUAGAUGUGACUUUAACCCCUUUGUGUGAGAAUGCAAACUGAGAGUUAACAAAGGACAAUUUGGCAUGCUGGACAGACCAGCAAACAGAAGAUCCACAUCUUUUAUGUUGUGUAGUGUUCAGUUGUUAGCAUCACCAGUAUAUUUUCAGAUUAUCCAAGUGUGUCAUUUGGUUUAUUUAAUCCCAGGAGGCUUUAGCAAUAAAUACAUUCACCCAAAGAGUCACGCUGACCAUAACUACUGGGAAAAUGUUUAAAGUCUGAAAAAUAAAGAAAAUGAAUUCCUGGCAGUUUUGUCUCGCUGUAUAUGAAAUUUUAUGUCAUAGAAUGGUUCUCACUGAGCCUCUGAAAUCCAAACAGGUUCCGUUUGUAAAACAAUAAGCUAUAGAACAAAAGAGAAGUAAGA